UUUAAAAAGGAAAGGAACAAAUUGAGUCUAGGUCUGCUCUAAGUCAUCUUCAUUUCUUUAAAACAAGUGAUUACAAACAUUGCCCAAAUGUGGGUGCAUGUUCACAAAGAUGUGAUAACAAUGAUGAGCUUAUCAGAACUGUGUGUUCUUCUUUCAUCUUAUUUAAUUAAUCCAAUAAUCCUAAGGUUUUGAAAUAACUAACAUACAUAAAAGGAAAUAAAACAGAAUUAGAUUGAAUGCUGCUUCCUUUUCUUCAAAAAGUAGAUGUACUUGUUAAAAUUCAGCAAUUUAUACUUCAAUGUUUGUACAUGCAAAUAUUCAAAUGCAAACCCAGUACAUAUCAUGAAGUUAAUUGCACAUAACACCUCUCCUCAUACAAAAGUUUUUAAAAGCAAUUUAUUUAGCUAAAAAUUUUACUCUUAAAAGAUGCCUUUAAACAUGAUUCUCUGAUAGCUAAGUGCAUCUUAUCCAGAAUAAAAUGGCUUCAAAUAAAUGUUCCAUCAGCAAUAAAUAAUAGCCUUGGGCUAUGUUGAAAGAAUGGAUGUGUGCAUGGAAAAGGAGACUGUUAAAGGAACAAGGACAUUCACAGCUUAUUUCCAUAAGUGACCAUGCCUGAGUUGGAGUGCCUUUUCUGUAAAUAAAUGGGAGACAUACUUAACUGCAUUGCACAGGAAAUCUUUGUUCUGUUGCAGUCCACAGUGUGACUGGCAGGAGUAUUAAACAUGUGUACUGUUCAUCUGAUUUCAAGCCACAUGCUAAAGACAGAGGCAAUAGAUAACUGGAUCACAGGAGGUAGCAUUCUGUUUUGCUAAAUACUCCAGUGCCUGGGGACUCGUUAUUUUGGGAAUCUAUUGUGUAUCUAACCUACAUUUCUAUACUCUGAUGGACAAUACCAAGCUAGCUGACAUAAGCAUGCACUUCCUAAAACACAUGUCCUCAAUCCAAAUGCUCAUUGAUGCCAAAAUGAUUACAUCUAGAAACAAACUGUUAUAACUAAAGAGCCUAAGCAAAGUCUUAAUGAUAUCUCACCCUCCUGCCCAAAGUUAGUUUCACAAGGGCCACAGAGUCCUACCAUUUCAAGGAAUGGUUCAGAGUGAUCUCAUUUGAAACUAAUACUUUCAGACUUGGUGAGAUAAAUAAAGCAAUUAACUCACUUCAAAGUAAGUAUUCUGUUCACUUGUCAAAGCCAUUUUGAUCAGAGAACUCAGCCAAAUCAGUUGUUUCAAUAGCACAAAUGCAAACUCUAUGAGUUGCUGCUAUUUAUUAAUGAGGUCAAAGUGUACAACUUAACUCUACUUUCAAUUCAUGAUAAUAUACUUUUGCAACCUCAGACACUUUUGCUUGAAAAUUUUAUUCACUUUCAGCAGGAAACUAGCAAUCAAUCUCCAAAGAGAAAAUAUUAUCAAAGAGGGUUCACAGACAGGUGUGUACAGAUGUAAGUUAAAAGUGGGAGAAAGAAAAAGUUAUUUUGCAACAAGAACUAGAGUCCUCUUUUCAUCCUUCAAAAUGCCUAUCGAUUUGGAAACACAAAUUCUCAGUAAGGUAUUAUGAUUCAAGCAUCUGGAUUCAAUUUCCCUUCAGUAUGGUAAAUUUGUUGAAAAUAAUCACAAUUAUCUUUCCUAAGUCUUGUUUCAAUUGCAGAUCCUAGAUAUCCACCGUAAACAUCCUUAAGACUUCACAAAUGGGUGCAAAGACAAGUGGUAUAACCAUUAUUUUACUGAAAGAAACAGCCAUUCACACAGGGCAUUCGCCCCCUCACACUGAGCCUCUGUGGAGUGGUGGAGGCUAUGGAGAAGUGCCUCAGGCACACAGCAGCUAUACUUGUAUGCUACACAUGUAUGCAGACAGCACCCGUUAGAAUGCAUCCUCCUAUUCACUGCACAGCCCUGCUCCUCAUUCCCCCUCACCCAGAGAAUGGGGACAACAUGAGCUGCUCCUUCAGAGAACAGCUGAGAUAGUAAUUCAUACUCACAUAGGAAAUCAAAUGCUGGCUAUUAUCCUUCUAAAGUACACCCACAGCAUUAAGGACUCUUUUAAAAAGUAGAAUUUUGAAUAUCCAAACCAACAAACGAGAAAGGUUGAUUAAUUUUUGGUUAUAAUAGUCUAAUUUAAAAAUAGAAACACAAGCAUUUCUUGAGUUUACUAUCAAACACCUCUAAAUGACCAACAGGUGGGAAUUACUCCUGAAAAUUAUGACUGAAAUUCAUACACUGAUUUGAAAUUCUCAAUGUCAACAAAAUGCUCAUGUCCAUUUAAAUCAGCGGUCUUUUUAGUGUGUCUGACCAUCACAGGAAUGCUUAUCGAAAUUCAGAUGGGGGUUGGCCUUUGGGGCGUCCCAGGUUUUCUGACUGAGGGCUCUAGGCUAGGCUGGCACCCAUGAAUGUGAAUUUCUAACAAGCUUUCAGGUGAUGCUGAGCGGCUGCUAGGUACUCUGAGAAUCACUGAUGGAGAUAAGUAACACAUGCAGAGAUACGCCUAUUCAGCACUCAGAAGUGGGAACUGAAAUGUGAUGUUGCAAAGGAAUCUAUUCAAACACUUCUACUGCCAGGGAAGAACAUUAUCGUUCAAGAUAUUGUGGCUGCACCUGCACAGUAACAUUUAUAUAAAGGUGACACAGCAACAGAUGUUACCCUCCAAUUUUAUCCCUACCCUCUCUUUAGGCUUUUUUGGUUUAAAAGUUAAAGAACUAUAUAUAAAAGUGAUCCAUGGAUGCUUUAAUUUAAUGGCUUAUUAAUUUUCCCCUAAUUUUAAAGCUAGGUAAAAAGAAAUACACAAAAAAAUACUGAUGUUUAAACUCUAUUCAAGAAAAGCAUGCAGGAUACUUAGUAAACUCGGCUAUGGAUACAACUGUUCUUUUCUAAUGUAAUUUUGUAAUCUGAUAAUUUAUAAUGGGAGGAAACUGUUUGGUCUACAAAGGAGUUAAUCAAACACAGAUUUAAAAUAAUGAUAUUAUUAACCAGGAGAAAAACAAGGGGGAAGAGACUUACCACCCCAACCAGCACACAUUUGGGGUUAAUUUAAUUAUUUGUUGGAAGGUAAUGCAUCAUGCAAAGCUUAGCACAAUUUGUUUUCAGGUAAAUAACCAUUUUAGAAAGCAAGCUUGCAACCUUCUCCAGGAAGCACACUUUGAAGGCUGGAGCUCAACUUGGAUUAACAUUUGUGUGGAAAAUAACCAAAGGAAGUCCAAGUUUUAAAUCAUCAACUCCAUGGCAGGUUUCAGUAAAAAGCUGGAAGAUUUUAAACUACCUUUUAAAAUGCGUCUUCUCAGCCAUCCUUGCCCCACAUUUCCCAGGAAAUAAAAAAGCAGAAGUCCUAAAAGCAGACAGAUGGAAACAGUGUCUCCAUAGCUGCCAGUCUACAGUGUUUCGAGGUAAUCGGAUUGUGAAGCCCUCUCUCUUUCUCCCUCUAUUUCUUUCUAGAACACUCAAGACUUCUUGAUGAAACCAGCAAAUUUUUAUUUUAACCAUAAAAUGGUUUGGAAACUAAACUAAACAGUGAAUGGGAAAUACCAGAUGCCUCUCUGCAGGUUGCAUUAACUACCACUUACUGGAUACAUUCAAAUCUUUCAGAAUCAACAGAGAAAUCAGGUAGCAGAGAAGAAAUGCAAGCCACGGACAACCUCACCUCCGUGCCAGGGAACAGCAGUGUCUGUGCCAGAGAUUACAAGAUCACCCAGGUUCUCUUCCCACUGCUCUACACUCUGCUCUUUGUCACAGGACUUAUCACAAACAGCCUGGCAAUGAGGAUUUUCUUUCAAAUCCGCAGUAAAUCCAACUUCAUUAUUUUUCUUAAGAACACGGUCAUUUCCGAUCUUCUUAUGAUUCUGACUUUUCCAUUCAAAAUUCUCAGCGAUGCCAAACUGGGGACGGGACCCCUGAGAACCUUUGUGUGUCAAGUAACCUCAGUAGUAUUUUACUUCACAAUGUACAUCAGCAUUUCGUUCCUAGGACUGAUCACUAUCGAUCGCUACCAGAAGACCACCCGACCAUUUAAAACAUCCAACCCCACCAACCUCCUGGGGGCUAAGAUACUCUCGGUCGCAAUCUGGGCAUUCAUGUUCUUACUCUCGUUGCCCAACAUGAUUCUGACCAACAAGAGACCAAGGAACACAAAUGUGAAGAAAUGCUCUUUCCUCAAAUCAGAGUUUGGUCUGGUAUGGCAUGAAAUAGUCAAUUAUAUCUGUCAAGUCAUUUUCUGGAUUAAUUUUUUAAUUGUCAUUGUAUGUUACACACUCAUUACCAAAGAACUGUACAAGUCAUACGUACGAACAAGGGGUGCAGGCAAGGCCCCCAGGAAAAAAGUCAAUGUCAAAGUUUUCAUUAUUAUUGCUGUAUUCUUUAUUUGCUUUGUUCCUUUCCAUUUUGCGAGAAUUCCCUACACGCUGAGCCAAACCCGGGAUGUCUUUGACUGCACUGCCGAGAACGCUCUGUUCUACGUGAAAGAGAGCACUCUGUGGCUAACUUCCUUAAACGCAUGCCUGGAUCCCUUUAUCUACUUUUUCCUAUGCAAGUCCUUCAGAAAUUCCUUGAUGAGCAUGAUGAAGUAUCCCAACUCUGCAACAUCUCCAUCCCAAGAAAACAGGAAAAAGGGACAGGAUGGUGGUGACCCAAGCGAAGAGACUCCAAUGUAAAUAAAAGAACUACCUGUCAGUGUUCAGACUCCUUCUAAGAAAGCACUCAGUGAAACCAUUAACACUGACUAGGUAGUAGCUGAAUUAGUGAUAAUGGCUCUUGAAGCGAGUCACAAAAGACCUUCCCACUACUAAAACCUAUCAGAAAGUGUGGAAAAAUAACCUAACCUAUAGCUGCACAGCAAAACAAACCAGACCCUACCGCUGUGCUGCACGCAAAAUCGCACAUAAUUCAUGACUUGCAGGUUUGACAAAGCAGAAAACCAUAUGAAAAUACCUAAUGUAAUUUUAAGUACAUCAUAGAUCAAUUUCUUUUUUUAUAAUUAACUUAGGAAGAAUGAUAAACCCUAUGUAAUCUUCUAACCAAAAAUGAAACUUAUUAAUCCCCAAUGACUUCACCAAAUCCUGAUCUAAAGUGACACUUAAAGAAAUUUAAGUGAAUUAUACAAAGAAUAACAACUACUAACUUUUAACAUUUAGCAAAAGCCUACAAGAUACAAACUAAUUGAAAUACUAUUUGAUCAGAAAAAUGUUUAAAUGUUCAUUAAGAAGAUAUUUAAAUACUUUUCUAAUAAGCACUAGAAAUACCAAAUGAAGUCAUUAAAUGAACAAUUACUUUUAUGAUACCCAAUAUUAAAAUAAUUAUGAAUAUUUCCUUAUCACUAGAGAAAGAGGUUUUACUAAUACAUUGACAACUUCAA